GUGUCAUGAGUGACGGUAAAAUAUUGAAAUAUGACAAAGGUAGAUACGAGAUUGCGAUAAGACUCCCUUUUUUAGUAUAAAAUUCCACCGUUUCACUCCUUUUUGUGCAUCACAAGAAAAAAACAGGAAAAAAAUUAUAUGAGCAAAAAUGGUGGUGAAGGUGUACGGACCAGCCUACGCUUCUCCUAAGAGAGUAAUCCUCUGUUUGAUCGAAAAGGAGAUCGACUACGAGGUUGUCCACGUUGACCUCUUUAAAGGCGAGCAUAGAUCUCCUCACUAUCUUCAGCUGCAGCCUUUUGGAGUUCUUCCUGUUAUUGAGGAUGGAGACUACAAGUUAUAUGAAUCAAGAGCCAUCAUAAGAUACUAUGCAGAGAAAUAUAGGUGUCAAGGUAGUGAGCUAUUAGGCAACACAAUAGAGGAAAGAGGCCUAAUAGAGCAGUGGUUGGAAGUGGAGGCACACAACUUGCAGCCACCGCUCUACGACCUCGUAGUUCAACUCUUGAUUAACCCGAAAAUGGGCAUCACGCCCGACCCAGAACGCAUCCGUGAAGACGAGGAAAAGCUUGCAAAGACUUUGGACGUGUACGAGGAGAGGCUGUCGAGAAGCAAAUAUCUGGGCGGGGACGGGUUCAGCCUGGCGGACCUGAGCAACAUCCCGUUUGGAAACUACUUGAUGAGCAGUCUGAAGAAAGAGUAUAUGAUUAGGGAUAGGAAGAAUGUGAGCAGAUGGUGGGAUGAUAUUAGUAGUAGGCCAUCUUGGAAGAAGCUGCUUCAGCUCCAUCCUUAUGUACUUUAAAUUUCUCAUGCUAUGUCAUCUAUAAUAAGACUUGUGCUUCUGUCCUCUUCUUCAUUCAUAGGACUAGUGUGUGUUGUGUAUUGUUGUCUCGGUGUUGGACUCUUGUUGAUCAAUAAUUAUCUUUUUCAUAUUUUUGGGU